AAACGCCAUUUCGCGUCCAGUCUUUGCAAAAAGAGAUCAGAUUGCCAUAAAAUGCUUCUACGUCCAGCACGCACCUGCACACGGUCACUCCACACAUCAACACGCGCAUUUGCGGCCCGACAAUCCAUAUACCCACCGAACGACGCUUCCCGAAACCGGCAAAACCUAGUUCCUAAAUUUUCGACCAAACAGUCAUCACUGAAUCUGAGCAGACGAUCCAUAGCAACCUCAGUACCUCGACUUCAACAAAUUGGCUCCGCAGAACGGAUCUCAACAUCCAAGAUGGCAGGUGACGACCACUACCUUACUCUGUCAUGCCCCGAUAAAGCAGGCAUUGUGUAUGCUGUCACGGGUCUCUUAGCGAAGGAAAACCUCACCAUUCUGGAUCUACAGCAAUUCUCCGACCCAGACUCCAAGACUUUCUUCAUGCGCGUCCAUUUUGGACACUCCCCUGAUGUCUCCGCACUACAAGAUAGCAUGAAGAAGCUCGCCUCGGAGAUGAGUAUGACGUACCACAUCCAGCGGGUAGACGCAAAGCCUAAGGUCCUUAUCAUGGUGUCCAAGAUCGGCCAUUGCCUCAACGAUUUAUUGUUCCGCGUCAAGUCUGGUCAACUCAAGGUUGAUGUACCAAUCAUUGUAUCCAACCACCCCGAGUUCGCUGAACUAGCAAAGAACAACGGUAUCGAAUUCCACCACCUACCCGUAACCAAGGAUACCAAAGAGAAACAGGAGACACAGAUAUUGGAUUUGAUCAAACAACACAACAUCGAUCUUGUGGUUCUCGCACGCUACAUGCAAGUGCUCUCGCCUCGUCUGUGUACAGAAAUGUCGGGCAAGAUCAUCAACAUCCAUCACUCUUUCUUGCCUUCUUUCAAGGGCGCGAAGCCGUACCAUCAGGCUUAUGAGCGCGGUGUUAAGAUCAUCGGGGCAACCGCACAUUUUGUUACAGCCGAUUUGGAUGAGGGACCAAUAAUUGAACAGCGCGUUGCGAGGGUUGAUCAUGCUUUGAGCCCCAAGGAAUUGGUGGAGGAGGGAAGCAAUGUUGAAAGUCAGGUCUUGGCUGCGGCGGUCAAAUGGUGGAGUGAGAAGAGGGUAUUUUUGAACGGUCAGAAAACCGUCGUGUUCAACUAGAAUGCUCAUGCAAAUGGACGAAAAGCAAAUCGAUGGAUCCAGUGAAACGCAAGGACUGUUUGGCUUUUUGGUGAAGGCAUUGUGGCAGAGCGGUUGGAUGGGCAGAUUUGCUGAGGUUUCCAUCCAAUCCUAAUGCAGUAUGUGUCUCGAGACGAUGCUAGAGGUAUGAAUCACUCGUGCAGACGUCCGGCUCCUCACGACACUCUUCGUGGGGCAAGACUACAGGUCAUUGCGACUACGUGUAUCUGCUUAGUGAUGUGGCGAGUUACAUGACGAGUGUCGAUAUUCCAGUCAAUAGGGUCAUUGGCAUAUACUGAGUUGGGUAUGGGAGCAAGUAUCAGUAUAAAUUUGUUUCAUGGAUCACAC